UACGUCAAUAACAAGCAGACCCAAGCAACAGUGUGUAGCGCAGCCAAUCACUGUUAUAAUCUUUUAAACAUAAGAAUACAACAAUGUCUUCGGAUUUUGAAGCGUACGAACAGGAUUUCGGCACCCUCACGGCUGAGAUAACCAACAAAAUUGGAAGAAUACCCAAAUUAGCCGGUGAGGAGAAGACACAGCUGGUUCUAAAUGUCGACAAACAGCUUGAAGAAGUCAGAGAGUUGCUGGAGCAAAUGGACCUGGAAGUUCGAGAGAUCCCUAUCCAGAGCAGAGGCAUGUACAACAGCCGUCUGAAGAGCUACAAACAAGAAAUGGAAAAACUUGAGAAAGACUUUAAAAGGUCACGUAUUGCCUACAGUGAUGAGGUGCGCAACGAGCUCCUGGGGGAAGAUGGGAGCUCCUCGGAGAGUCAGAGAGCACAUCUGUUGGACAACACAGAGAGGCUGGAAAGGUCAUCUCGGAGGCUGGAAGCUGGCUACCAGAUAGCGGUGGAAACUGAGCAAGUGGGACAGGAGAUCCUCUCCAAUCUGCACAGCGACCGUGAGAAGAUCCAGAGGUCCCGAGAUCGGCUGAGAGAGACAGAUGCUAACCUGGGCAAGAGCUCUCGCAUCCUGACCGGCAUGCUGAGAAGGUAAGCGGAAGGAUCAUUCAGAAUCGUGUCCUGGUCUUCAUCCUGGGCGCCAUCAUCCUCCUCACCAUAGUUUUGGCCAUCUAUUUCAAUUUGCGAGGGCGCUGAUCUCCACUGACUGGCCCUAUUCGUGUGUGCGUGAGUGUGUAUGAGCGUGUGUGUAAGAUUAAUAGUGACAAAAGCAUUGGGCUGGAGUAAUUAGGACAAAUUGUUCACAUGAAUCAUUCCUGGUGGGCAGUGACAGGGGGCCUCUCCUCUCUGCUCAAGAGCGGAGCGGGGCCAUGCCUACCCUUUCUCCCCUCAUAUUUUUACUGCACCUAUUACUUUUAAAACCCUAGUAUUAAAUCUCCACAUGGCUGACUGACCCAUAGAGAAGCCCUGCAUGGACAUGUGGACAACAGGACCAUGAUGGAAGGAUGAGAACAACGGAUGGAUGAAGAUAAGGAAGGCGUACAUCAAUGCAUGUCAUAACCUGCUGUUUAAAAUUAGUAGUUUACCCAAAAUUUUUAAUUCUGUCAUCAUUUACUCACCCUCAUGUUGUUUCAAACCAGUAUGACUUACUGUCUUCUGUCAAACUUAAAAGUAAGAUUUUUUUGAAGAAUAUACUAAUAUUUUUGUUUUUCCAUGCAAUUACAAAGUAUGGGGACUUUGUACUCACAAAUCAGACUACCUUUCAUAGUUUAUGAGACUUUUAUGGUGCUUUUGCACCCUGCUUAAGUAUCUAUUCUUUGUAAUUGUAUGGAAAAAACAUCCAGCACAUUAUUCAACAUUUCUCCUUUUGUCUUUCAUUGUAGAAAGACAGUCAUACGGGUUUAGGUGAGUAAAUGAUGACUUAAUUUCAUUUUUGGAUGAACUAUUCUUUUAAUGUUUUGUUUAGAUAGGGUUUAGAAGUCGUCAGAUCUGAAAGCUGACUGACGUAGUAUAGUAUACUAACGAAACCCCAUCCAUCAGGUGUGUGUUGUGUGUGUGUGUGAUGGAGACGUACACAAGUCAAGGCCCCUGGUGCAGUACCAUUUAGCACACAGUGCAGAAUCACACACACUACACACAGCCCAAAGGUCACACGCCCGUCUCUCAGUCCCCCUUUAUCCAGGAUUAGUAGCUACUCCCGCUGUUCCUCUAAGGUCAGCAAAGAUCUUGCAUGUGUUUAGUUAAACCAGCAGGACAGGACUGCUUUGAACAAGAAAACAUCCUUGUCCACUCUUACCCUACUAAUCAAAUCUGACAGCAUGAUAGUAACCGUAGUCGACUGUACUAAUAAGAAUUGUGUUCUGUAUUUAUUCAUUUUGUUUCCAGAUGGUUGAUUUGUAUUGUAUUUUUUAUCUGGAAUUUAUUUUAGCCAUUGGUGUAUGACAUUAAAAUAACGUCAUCUAUACUGUAAAAAUAAUCAGAGUGUGCUGCAAAUGUGUAUCAUUAUUCCUAAAGGAGGACAAGCUAGCAAGCAUCAGUAUUGAAAUAUGCAAAAUUGAGAGUUUGCUCCAAGCUUUCACCUGCUGUUUGGGUAUUAACGAGAAGAAAUCUGGGAAAUAUGACUAUGUACUAAUGGUACAGUUUAUUUCGGUUAGUGAAUCAUGUGUAUGUGUGUGUGUGUGUGUGUGUGUGUGUGUGUGUGUGAGGAUGCCUGUGUCUAUGUGUGUAUUUCAGUAUAAGUAUGUGUGCUUCAUACACAGCAGCUUUGUUCCAAAACUUAGCUGUCUAGCCAAGUUUUCUAAGGGGCUGUUCACACAGAACGUUUUUGCGUCAGUCUGUGCUGUUUUUUUUUAUUUAUUUUUUAUUUUUAUUUUUUUAUGUAUACAUGCACUAGAUGGACGUCUCUGCCCAUUGCGCCGUGUCUUUUGCUGUUCAGCGUCUCACACUUUAGCGAUGCAUUUUUAUGACGUUGUGUCAAAAUAAAAGAACUUCAGCUAUUAAAAACUCACCUCGAGACAUUUGCAUUCUGUUCCAUUUGUUACGUCUAGCUUUUUUUAAUGCAAGAACUCUUUCUAUUUUAAAGGCCCCUUAAGCAACACUCUAACUGAAACUGAUUGAUUUGGAAUGCUAUAUAGAGGCAGCAAAUUUGAGCGAUCCUUACGCAAAGCACACGGGAGACUUGAAUCAUAACCACAGUAGAGUUUGUUUAGCCCGAGACAGACCACUUGUAUUAAAAUUAAUGGGAGAAAUUAGAACACCCAAUAUGGUGGUAUAAAAAAAGUCCCCGCCAUAUAGGUAAAAGAACCAAUCACCUUUUAGAUGCAGAGAUCGCCUGUCAGUUUGCUCGAGAAUGUGCAUGUGCUGGACCAGCCUAAAAAUGAGCAUUUUUCCCCCCUUGAUCUGAGCUAAAGAAGCACAAUUCAUGAUACUGUUUUUGUCAGAUUGUACUGCUGAUUUGAAAUAUGUUCUUUAAUCGUAAUCUUGUCCAGCAGUUGUGGAGAUUUCACUCUUUGCCCAUUCAAGUAGAUGUAGGAGCCAUACUUGUGUGCGCUUGUAUCCAUUGAAAAUAGCUGCCUGGACUGACUUGCCUUGAAAAGGACUUUGGCUCGGUGUUAGCAUGCUACUAAGCUAACAUUGCAAUACUCUUAAAAACACAUAUUCCUUAUUUAACUAUUUUUUAAUCAAUACUUUUUAGAAUAAUCUAAUUAUAGGUAUAUUUUAAGGCUUUCGGUUUAAUGCAUUAAGUGCGAUUAAUUCUAUAAAAAAUGAAUGCAAUUAAUCAUGUGUCCGGACAGUAAUAAGGAAUAUUCCUACCAUUAAAGCAAUUCAAGCUUGUAAUACCACCUGUUUUCUCUAGGGGGCAGUUAGAGAAACCCCAGCUGUUUAGGCAAUGCACAUCAUACACAGAGAAUAAACCACACUUACCCACCCCACAGCAGGCAGCACAAUAUGAGUCUCAUUCUUGCGUUCAAACUAUUUCUAUCACUGCGUUUAACUUGAUUUAGUUCAAUUUCGAAUGCAGGGAUCUCAAGACGUGUUUUUCUACAUUAAACUUGACACAGUGACCUAAAAACUGUAUUUUUAUGACACAACGCAAUCAAAGUGAGAUGCCCCAAAAACGUGUGUAUAUUGACGCAUCCUUAGACAAGCUCUUACAAUAAAUCUUGGAAUGGUUGACUAAAUAAAUUGCAAAAUGGAUUUUUGUCAGCUGUAGGCCAAUGAUUGGCUUAUGUUCAAUAAUAUGAGAAUAAACAUUGUAUUGGAUACUAAAAUCAA